AUGAAGUUCUCAACCCUCGCCUCCCUCAGCCUCACCAGCCUCACCGCUGUCCUCGCCGCCCCCAGCAGCGCCAGCUACGGCCGCAGCCCCUCCAAGGGCGCCGUCUUUGCCCUCACCAACGCCGUCGACAACGCCGUCAUCGCCUUCUCCCGCAACGAAGACGGCUCCCUCGUCAAGACGGGCACCUUCCCCACCGGCGGCCACGGCCAGGGCGUCGACUUCGACACCCAGGGCGGCCUCCAGCUCAGCGCCGACCACCGCUUCCUCUACGCCGUCAACCCGGCCGACGACCACGUCACCGUCUUCGAGGUCGUCAGCGGCUCCAGCCUCAAGAAGAUCCAGUCCGUCUACGCCGGCGACCAGCCGCUCUCCAUCUCCCUCAGCAGCACCGGCUUCGCCUACGUGCUCGACGGCUCCGUCGCCUCGGGCAUCUUUGGCUUCAAGGUCGACCGCCAAACCGGCCUCCUCUCGCCCCUGACAAACGCCACCAUCGCCACCAGCAGUCCCAUUGGCGUCCCCGGCACCGUCACCUUUGCCCCUGACGGCCACUCCCUCAUCGUCACCAACAAGGUCAGCAGCACCAUCGACGUCUUCUCCGUGGCGUCCAACGGCCACGCCAGCCUCGGGCCCUUGACCUCGGUCGCCUCCAGCGGCCUUCGUCCCUUUGGCGCAAUCUACGGCAAGUCCAACACGCUCUACGUCGUCGAGUCUGGUCUCCCCGCUCUGGGCAACGCCGGUCUGUCCACGUACCACCUCAACGGCGGCGAGUCCCCCGUCCUCGAGCCCCUGACCAAGUCGGAGAAGAACCAGCAGACGGACGGAUGCUGGGUUGUUGUGACUCCAGACGAAAAGUUUGCCUACACGGCCAGCUUCAUCACGGCCGCCAUCUCCAGCUACUCUGUCGCCAAGAACGGAACCGCCACCCUGAUCAAGGGCGUCGAGGCGUUCACUGGUGAGGGAAGCGAGCCCGUCGACCUCGCCCUCAGCAGCGACGGUGCUUACCUGUACAACCUGCUCCGUGGCAGUGGCGCCAUUGCUGCUUGGAAGAUUCAGGCUGAUGGAUCUCUCAAGUCGAUUGGUGGUUCUUUCGGCAAGGGACAGGGUAUCCCGGUUGCAGAUGGUGCUUCGGGCCUGGCCGCGUAUUAA